AUGACAAAGUUAUUGGUAUAUAUUGCUUUCAUUAUUUAUUGUGGUGGCCAAGCUGGCAACCAAGGAGGAGCAGCGAUGCAAGGUGGAGUAGGCACGGAGAUUAUCACAGAUUAUAAAGUUGACAAGUUAUGGGAUGAUGGCUCAUUAAUACAAACAACGCAAGUAGAAGAAUUAAUACUGUCGAAUUGUGAUAGGAUGGAAGAUGGAAGAGUGUCUAUUUUGGAAGAGAAACCAUUGCUGUUUGUGCGAAACACUAUUAAUUUGAUAAAGUGA